CGCCCGUCGAGAGCAUGAACUCUGAAUGCUCUCGGAUUCGCCCGACCAAACUAUUGCUUCCCAAAUCUCUUUUUCCUUUUCUACCCUUCCGUCCAGUCCGCUUCCUCCUCUGCCGCCCUCCUCUCGAUAUCACACGGAGCUAUAACACACCGGCGCCUACCGGUAUUUUCUCCCUCAUCACAAGUCCAUCGAGCAAAAAAGCUGCCAGCUUGAUCCCUCUUCUGCCCAGUCUAAAUGUCUCCGGGUAUCCGUACCGUCGUCGACUGACAAAGUUGUCCGUCCCAAUCCGGCCUUGGCCUCUCCCGGGGCCCCACGAAUGCAAUCAUUCAACAGGUCAAAUCAGGUUUGCUGCUUGCUGACUCUCGCCCAAUUCUAGAAAGACUUCAUUAAUUCAUUCCGCCCUCUCCCACCUUUUUGGCGGCGGCAACCUCCCGAUGCCAGAAAUAGCGUCGGAGCUCCAGCAGCCACCUGGUCACUCCAUGCCAGUGGGGCUCUCGACCCGCACCGUCAUCUCUGGCAAAGCGAGAUCCUCGUGGCCCACGAUGGCCCCGUUGCCCUACACACGAGAUUACGAGCUCGUGAAUGGACUCUUCCAGUCUUCCACGCCUACCACGGUGCCGCCGCCUGCGAGCCUCGUACAUAACCCAGAAUUCAAAAUGCAAAAUCCUGCCCGGCCCGUAGCGAUCUAAGCAUAGCCUUUUCGUCCGACUCCGCCUGCCGGCUCCUGUUGUCGCAGAUCAUCCCUUUCGGGACCGUCUACGAGAUUCCCGGGAAUUGCUGUUGCCCCUUGGAGACAAACGAGAGUUGUUCAUCUCGUUUGUUAUGAAGCACCGUUGCAUUGUUCAAUGCAGCGACCACCUCUUAUCCCACAGCCCCUGCCCCUCCGGGUUCAAUGCAACAUUGACAGCUCGACACCGAACAUCCCGAGUAUGUGGUCCGAGCCACAAGUGGCGCUCCUUUGUGGCGCCAGUCCGCCCCGAUUCACCACGGCGCCACAGAGAGACGAAUAACGCCUCUCCUCACUUGGUCACUCCCGCAGUCAUCAUCACCCGGUUUGAUGUCAUAUUGACAAGUCGCCCAAGUGGGAUAUUCGACAUGUGGCGGUUCCCUUAAAUGGCCAUCGCUGCCGAGAAGGUCGUUGAACUAAAUACCAAACGCAAAGAGGCUGCAUCGUCCAGAGGCACAUUUCAUUGCCCAUGUUCCUGGAUAAGGUCUCCUCAUUCUUGACGAGUGCAAUAAUUACAUUGUGGACUCUUCGCGGAAGACUUGGACUACGUUUGACCUUCGCAGCUUGACUGGAGGUAAGCCCAUGGGCAGUUCCCAACCAGGCGUCUGCUAAGAAGCCUCUUGGUGAGUAUGAUGAGGUGUCCUUGCAGGUGCGAGCGCCUGACGACGUCUUGGGUCUCCAUGAUCAGUCAGACUUGCUCAGCAUGAUAAUGAAGCUUGCUAAUACUCGCCCAGUACGGAUGCCAACGCAUGAGGCAGUUCGCCCGUGAUGCUCAUGCGCUGAGGUGGCGGUCACGGCCACAUCUUGUCCGCGAAUACGAUACAUGCAACGAUACCGAAGCAGUCUGACAGGCGGUUAUCUUGCGCAAAAAGAACGAUUCGGGACAUGCAUCGCCCAAUCUGUUCUGCGUUAGUCUACGGAAACGAUGUAUGCAACAGCACCGAAGCAGUCUGAUGAGCGGUGAAGCAGCCCAGAGCCUGUCCAAGUACCAAAGACAACCCGCGCAUCCCCGCUUGGCUAGCAAUGUCAACCUCAACCUCGUGAAUUUCGCGACCGCAGUUCUCCAGGAAAGUUGCAAAGUACAGCAGGUGUCUGAAUAUUGGGCAUCAGUGCUAGGGCGAAGAUUCAGUUGGCAGACAUCUCCAGUACAGUAACCACGGCAGACAAGACCUCGAUUUGAGGAUACCCAGUGGCGAAAGGAUAUGUCUUGAACCAAAUCUUAACAGGAUCGACGAAACAUACAUUGGCAAGUCAGCGAUAAAGUCCCUACCUGUGCUUGGCCUUGUACGAAUGCAACUAGCCGUCGCCAUACUGCGAGAGCCCCGCGCGAUCACCACCGAGCUUCAGAGACGAUGACCGUCUUGUGCGCCAGACUAAUCAUAGCAGGAGGCGGUGUGGCACCUUUCAGCAUUACAAGUGCCACAACAUCAUGUAGGGGUCUGGAAAGAUAUCGAUUCUCUCGCACUUGGACAUACCUACCCUGCCUGCCUGCGUACGAAUCUCUACCGGCCACAUCGAUAUUACACAGCGACGAGUGACUGCACGAUCGGAAUACCUUGCCUGAAAUGUCUCAGCAAAAGGUUGCCGGCAGAGGCCUUCGUUGAGGAGCAAGUCCCGUUAGCCCUCCUUGCGAAGAAGCAACUCUGAGGCGGUCAGCGACUGGGCCGGCCGAGCAAUAUACCUCUAGCCAAUGGCUGUACUCCAAGUCAUCCCGACAUACAAUCGAUCGUGUCCGCAGAGCUUCGGACUCUCCAUAAGCAAGGUCUCAAUGGUAACGAGUGGUGUCAGAAUCGUGUACCGGAUCCAGAGGCCGGCAUUUCCUCUCAGGACAGAACGACUCGGGGGUCCUCACUUACUGGCAGAGGCCGAACAAGACCACUGCAAUUGGAAGGCAACGAGGCCCCUUGUUGCCUAAGCAGGUCUGCCAACUCGCAGACGAACCUCAAGGUAGGCCUUGUCGCUCCACGAUAGAAGUUCAGUUUAUCGAAAGCGGGUAAUGCUUGAGUCUCGGGCUUGCUUUUUUUGUACGCUCUUCAGGCAUAAUUUUGUUUUUAUAGGAUGUCUUGUGGCGCCGGAACCCCGUGAAGAUCACAUGGACCGCUUCGUCCGUAGGGUACCGAGAAGAAGCUUGGCGAGUGGCUGCUACUUGAGCAAAAGGAAACAUUUAAGCCGGUCCACACCAGUCGUACAGCAUGCUGUUUCGUCAGCAAAGCGAGAGAGUUCAUGAGUAUGGAGUAGAGAGAGUAUGAACGCACGAACUCCCAUCCGGCCUUGUUCAGCCACUCGUCCCGACUUACUGGAGCAAUCAGCCUCAAUUGAUUUGCGCCUUCACGCAAUGCUAUGGCCACCAAGCCGCCAGACAUUGAUGAUGGGAUGCGAUAGCUCGCAGCGCAGUCUCCAAAUACUGGACAGGCGAUGUUGCGGAAUGUCGAUCCCUGCCGUGACCUACUUCCCGGCGUACCAUCGUCCAAUGAGACCCUACCCAGGCCCGUCAAGGAGGAACGUGGACGGACCAGGCCGCCUGGAAUGAAAAGCAGUCGUGACUGGCUCUUUCAAGUUGGUAGAGUUGAAACACUGAAACAACGACAACCCCGCCAGAGUGGACCAAGACCAAUCCGGGGUCGACACACUCAAACUUCGGGCGGUCUUUUGGGGUAUUUCCUCGGAAGGGGGAGAAAGUCCCAGUCCCUUUGGAGUUUCAUGAAACCCCGUCGGCUCGAACAGAAAGGGGGAGGCCAUUUGACUCCAUACACAUAGUAAUUCUUCAUAGAUUGUCCGCAGAGGCGGAGCGGUAUGACACACCAGUGCACGUUGUGAGCACCAGCGUCGCACCCGUGGGAUGUCGCAGAGUAACGCUCAGCAAGCCAGAAAACACCUUGCUCAAUAUUAGCCUUUGGUCAAAAAGGACGAGCGGUUGGCGGCCACGACACUGGGUGAAGAGGAGCUGCUCCGUACAAAGCAUGUCUAAUCCCAACCACGAGGGCUAAUCCAC